AUGGCGUACGCGCCUUCCGCCCCCGCCUUCGCCGCCGUCAAGGCCGCGGUCCUCCCCAUCCCACCGGUCCAGCCGGCGUCCGCCGUGGCAGUAGUGGCGCGGCGCGCGCCGGUGCCGGCCGCCCUGGGCGGGCGUGGCGCUGCGCUGGUGGCGUCCGCCGCGCUGGAUCAUGACCUGCGCCCGGCCAUCGACGAGUACCCCGAGGGCAUCCUGUCCGGGGAGUGGCCCGGCAACUUCUCCCUCCUCAGCUACGCCGACCUCCGCGCCUACCUCGAGUCCCAGAUCGUCACCUCCGACCAGAUGAGCCCGGCGGCAAAGCUCGGGGACGUGAUGUCGCGCCCCGUGCAGGUGGCCACGCCGGGGCAGCGGCUCGCGGAGGUCGAUGCCUUCUUCGCCGCGCAGCAGUUCUCCGGCCUGCCCGUGGUCGACGAGGACGGCAGGUGCGUUGGGGUGAUCUCCAAGAAGGACAAGGCCAAGGCGCCCAAUGGGAUGGAGUCAACUGUAGGUGAAGUCAUGUCAUCUCCUGCGAUAACCCUGACACCCCAGAAGACGGUCUUGGAGGCUGCAGCACUAAUGCUUAAGGAAAAGGUUCACAGGAUACCGGUUGUGAAUGAACAGCAGCAAGUGAUCGCUCUUCCAAGUCCCAGGCACAAGCUGCCUAGCUCCGUUCUGCCAAGAAACGCCUCCUGCUCUCCUCCCUCCUCCAUCAUCCUCGCCAUGGCUCUUGAGUCUGUUCCUACCUAUCUCAGUGAUUUGGGAUCCCACCAGGCUGCCAGAGCCCAGCAGCAAAGAAUCAGGAAAGAUGAGCGCAUCUGGACCUCAGACACAUAUGCACCCUACGACGAUGGACACCAGUGGAGGAAGUACGGCGAGAAGAAGCUCUCCAACUCCAACUUCCCAAGGUUCUAUUACAGAUGCACCUACAAGAACGACAUGAAGUGCCCGGCUACAAAGCACGUCCAACAGAAGGACACAAGCGAUCCACCGUUGUUCUCUGUCACUUACUUCAACCAUCACACCUGCAGCAUCAUCUCAAAUCCCAUAGGAAGCACGAGAGAUAUUGCCGCGCAAUCGGCCUCGAGUAAAGCGGUGUCGAUCUGCUUCAGCCCCCAUUCUUUCAGAGAUGAGCCGCAUCAGUCACCGAUUACACAUUCUUUCAGAGGCAACCAACAGCCGGCUGAGAGGAGCGCCUACGCAGCAAACCGGUUUCAGUGGACCACCGCAUCGUCUCCGUCUCCUAACAGUAACGACAGUUCGGUUAAGAUGGAGAUUAACACUUUUUCAGGGGCAAACGCUUCGUCCAGCUCCAGCAGCAUGGGUUCUCUGCCGAGGACGAGGACGUUGCUACCGAUCGGUCAGUCCAGAUGCAUCGAGUACUUCCAUUUCUUGUGA